AUGAUUCUUCUUUUCCUUCCAUUCAUAAUCCCACUGUUAACCAUCCUCUUCUUCUUUCACCCUUCAGUUGGCCAAAUUUUCAAGUUUCAAUCCAAUGGCUCGAAACUCCCACCAGGAUCCUUUGGAUGGUACCCGUUGAUCGGUGAUACCCUCUCCUUCUACGCACCACUGUACGGGAAGAUCUUUAAAUCUCAUCUUUUCGGCCGUCCUACCGUGGUUUCUUGUGACCCAGAAUUCAAUUACUUUGUAUUACAAAACGAGGACAGGUUGUUCCAUUCUGCAUAUCCGCCAAAUAUUCCAGGAGUUUUAGGGGACCUAACACUACUAGCUGUGACCGGAGACGUGCACAAGCGUCUACGAGGUUUUGCUGUCAAUUUACUUUCUUCAGUAAAGACUCCAAGUAGUUUAUUUCUCUCAGACAUCGAAGAUAAUGUUCUUAAGGUUAUGGAUUCUUGGAAGCACAAGAAAGUCUUGCAAUUUCUUGCUGAAGCUAGAAAGGCCAGGCAUUGGAUAAAGAAGAAGGUGAUACAAAUCCGAAGGCAGCGUGAUAUUGGAGAUAAGAACAAUGAAACCGUUGAUUUUCUGGACGUGUUAUCAAGGCAAGAAAGCAUUUCUGACGAAGAGAUAGCGAGUCUGGUUAUUGAUCUGUUGCUUGCAGGGUAUGAGACGCCGUCUUUGUUGAUCGCGACCAUUGUGAAAUUCCUCGGUGAAAACUCUAACUCUAAGAUAUUGACUGAAAUAAGGGACGAACAUCGUUCAGUGAUGCAAACUAAAAAUGUUAACGGACGAUUGGGAUUGGACGAUUACAAGAAGAUGCGGUUCACUCAGUGUGUCAUCAAUGAAGCUUUAAGGUUAGGAAAUCUAGUGAAGGCUGUUUAUCGGAAAGCGAUUAAACCAGUUCAAUACAAAGUCUUUGGCAAAAUGUCCUUGCUUCCCACAGUUGAAGCAUUUGCCGCUCUUCUUGAACUCCUUCUUUUGAACGUUCAGAAUCUUAGAAUCAGUGAGACUCCUUCCACUUCUAAUAUUGUUGCUCUUGCUAAGAUGGCGACCAUAGUAGGAGAAACCAUUCUGUCAGAUAAAUUGGUCGUGGCGCACCUUAUUCCCAUAAUAAUAGCAAACCUACGCCCACCAACUUAA